AUGCCUCUCGGGGCAUCUGAGAAUGAUUCGAGCCGGGUAUGCUGGGAUUCGCGAAGAGCAGCACCUUACGAUGUUCAUGACCAAUCGGAUCCUGACGUACCAGUAGGUACUAGAGGAGAUCGCUAUGAUCGUUACUGUAUCCGUAUUGAAGAGAUGCGACAAAUUCUGCGGAUAAUUUUCCAAUGUCCUAAUAAAAUGCCUAGUGGCAUGAUCAAAGCUGAUGAUCGUAAGUUAUGUCCUCCAUCACGAUGUCGAAUGAAACUAUCCAUGGAAUCGUGCGUCGUGUGA